AUGUCCCAUCUCUUCCGCGCUCUGUAUCUGGUUGUUGAUAAGCAAUCGUUGCCAGAUACUAUAGGCCCAUACUAUGUACCGCCAGGGUUGGAAGGCUAUGGCAGGAUUCACAAAUUGAAUCAUCUUGUGGAGAAGCAGUUAAAACCGUGCACGAUUCUCCUCGUCAAAAGAGGGGAUGAUGCACAUCUGUCUUCGCCCAUCAGUUUUCUCCCUUUGUUCGAGGCUGGGCCAGCAUCCAAUUUGAACCGCGACGACUACAUUAGCUGUUCUGGAGACGAAGAAACAGCCGUUAGAGUGAGUUUCGACGUCGCGGUUCGUUUUGUGUGGGAUUUGCUACAAAGGGAGAAGGAGGCCUUUGAGGAACUGGCGAAGAGAGACCAAGUGUUGGAACAGGAACAGGAUACUCGGUUUCAGGUCUGGCUACAGGAUGUGAUGUCUCAUUCUGAGGAAUUGGGGAUGGAUCAUAAUCUCUUCAUAUGGUUUGCUUCCCGUCGUGCUCUUGCGAGGGCGAAUAACGAGGCUUUUGACGAAAGCCAGGUAUAUCCAGUUUGGGAGCGAUUACGGUCGUGGGAUUUAUAG